CGCCCCAUAACGGUGGGCGCGCUCUCGCGAGACCACGUCCGCGGCGUCGCGAUGGAGGAGCCAUGCCCCGGCACUGCUCGGCCGCGGGCUGCUGCACCCGCGACACGCGCGAGACCCGGACCCGCGGGAUCUCCUUCCACAGGCUGCCCAAGAAGGACAACCCUCGGCGAGGGCUGUGGCUGGCCAACUGCCGGCGGCUGGACCCCAGCGGGCAGGGGCUGUGGGACCCCGCGUCCGAGUACAUCUACUUCUGCUCCAAGCACUUCGAGGAGGACUGCUUUGAGCUGGUGGGGAUCAGCGGGUAUCAUCGGCUGAAGGAAGGGGCGGUUCCCACCAUCUUUGAGUCCUUCUCCAAGCUGCGGCGGACGUCGAAGGCCAAGGCUCACGGCUACCGGCCCGGCUCCCCCGACCUCGCCCAACUCAGGAGGCGCAGGCGCCGCUGUUCCGCGGCUCGGGCGCCCCCCGCCCCUGCGAGCAACCCCCUGGCGGACGGGCCCGCUGCCCUCGACGUCCCCCGCUUCCCCGGGGAGGAGCCGCCCGCCCCGGAAGGCCCCGCUCCCCCGGCCAGCCUGCCGGCCCCGCCUCCCUCGCCGGCCCCCAGCGGCCUCGUGAGCCCCUUCUCCGACCUCCUGGAGCCCCUGGAGCCUCACGGGGACGAAGCGAGCUGCGGGAGCCCGCCGUCCCCGGAGCGGGAGCCCUCGCCCUCGGCGGCCCGGCCCGUGUCCCCGUCGGCCUACAUGCUGCGGCUGCCGCCCCCCGCCGGGGCUUACAUCCAGAACGAGCACAGCUACCAGGUGGGCAGCGCGCUGCUGUGGAAGCGGCGCGCGGAGGCGGCCCUGGACGCCCUGGACAAGGCCCAGCGCCAGCUGCAGGCCUGCAAGCGCCGGGAGCAGCGGCUGCGCCUGCGGAUCGCCAGGCUGCAGCAGGAGCGGGCGCGGGACAAGCGGAGUCAGGCCGAUGCUCGGCAGGCCCUGAAGGAACAGUUGCAGGACCUGGAGCUGCGGUGAAGGGGCCCGGCCUGGCCUGGCCUGGCCCGGCCCAGCCCGGCCCAGCCCGAGGACGCCUGGGACCACCCGUGUAUGGUGUCCGCCCGGGCCUUUGGCUCCA